CCUCACGUCGCCGUGGAGCUGCUGGGCGCGCGCGCGCGGGAAUCGGACCAUAGGGAGGCGUGUGGCGGCGGCGGAGAAGAAGGAAAUGAGAGAAAGAGACGAGCGAGACAGCAGACAGACCGCGGCUGAGCGGGGAGGGAGAAGCCAGGAACGAGGACGAGGCGAGGAGGGCUCUUUAAACGGGGGUGCGCGCUCUCCGUCGUCGGAUUUGUGCCGUUUCGGGCUUUUAUUUGUCCUCUUCGCGGAGGACUCGGGAGGCCGGUAAUGUCGGAUGAGGAUUCGCGUGCCAGCACCAGCUCUUCGACUUCAUCGUCCUCCUCCUCCUCCUCGACACACCGAGACAAACACGGGGACACGCCUAGCAAGAAGCGCGAGAGCAAGUCCAGCAUGAGCAAGACGUCCAAACUGCUGUCCACCAGUGCCAAAAGGAUUCAGAAGGAGCUGGCGGACAUCACCCUGGACCCGCCGCCCAACUGCAGCGCGGGACCCAAAGGAGACAACAUCUACGAGUGGAGAUCAACCAUACUUGGACCACCGGGCUCUGUGUACGAGGGGGGGGUCUUCUUUCUUGACAUCGCCUUCACACCCGACUACCCCUUCAAACCACCCAAGGUCACAUUUCGCACGAGAAUCUACCACUGCAACAUCAACAGCCAGGGUGUGAUCUGCCUGGACAUCCUGAAGGACAACUGGAGCCCAGCGCUGACCAUCUCCAAAGUGCUGCUGUCCAUCUGCUCGCUGCUCACCGACUGCAACCCUGCGGAUCCCCUUGUCGGCAGCAUCGCCUCGCAGUACACAACGAACAGAGCCGAGCACGACAGGAUAGCCAAACAGUGGACCAAGCGCUACGCCACAUAACUGGACCACCUUGGAUCCACAAGGCCAUGGAACUACUUUGGGGUGGGCUGGGGUGGGCAUCUGUUGGGUUGUGGCUGUUUCAUAUUCCUGCUUCUGCACAUUUCACUGACUCUUCUGUUAAAUUAUCUUACAACUAGUAACACAACUCAGCAAUAAAGCAUCUUUACAAGGUUUUUUGUUUUCUUUAUGGGUUUUGGUUCCCAACUUCACAUUUGACUGCUUGUAAAAUUAUAAUACAGCAUGUUCCCUCUGCAAGAUAUUUCCGUUGUGAACUUUUAAUAAA